AUGAAUAAUUUAACGGGCCAGUUCCGUAAGACAACAUGGGAUCCAAUUUUAAUAAUCUCACAAAUAAUUGCCGUACAAACAGUAAUGUAUUUUUUCCUCGGCGUAUGGAUAUGGAUACUGACCACAUUAUUAGGAGAGACCAAGUCUCUGGACUAUGCAUUUCAAUACAAAGAAAUCCACGUGCGUGAUCACGGUGGAAGAUUAGUUAUUGCUGUAUUUGUAAUAAAUUCUUUAAUCGGUUCAUUGGCGCUGUGGUGGCUGGUGCAAAGAACGAAGCAAUGCUUGGACUUUGCUUGCACAGCUCACUUGAUCCAUUUACUAUUUUGUUGGAUUUAUAAUUCAAGCUUUCCUACUACCUUCAGCUGGUGGUGUCUCAAUAUUGUUUCGACGACAAUAAUGUGCGUCUGUGGUGAAUUUUUGUGUAUGAAAACAGAGUUUAAAGCCAUACCUCUGGGUAUGAAUAGUCAAAAAACAGCCUUGUAA